AUGGACACAUCGCCCGGCACCUUGACACGACGCAUCUGCAAUGAUUCCGACGAAGACAGAUACGGCAGCGACAAUGACGACAAGGAUGAAGACGAAGAUGACGACAGCAACGAUAUCAACGGCCACGCCAUCCAACUCAACAUUCCACUGGUUCUUCCUCCGCCUAUUGACCGCCAGCUGCUGUCCCUCUGCUUCCACUCGUCUUGGCGCACCCGUUCCCAGCUACGCUUUCACUUCCGCAACGUUAGCGAGGUCCCACUUGACGACGACAAAGGCUCCGACACAAACCAGGAUCCUGAGUCCGAGUCCGAUCCCGAACACUGCGAUACUCGCCUGACCAUCGUCACUUAUGACCCCAUCGUCGCCCCAUCGCCGUCUAUCACCAUUAGUAACACCACAUCCCGCCGUCUACUCCUCGCCUCCUCUGCCGCCGCUCUUCUUGUCUUUGCUAUCGCCUUUGUCUUCGCCAUCCUCUCUGGCUUCGACCCCCUUCACUACCCCUUACCUCCACUGCGACCCAUCACAUUCCGUGGCCUCGCUGCUGUCGUCCAACCCUACGUGAAACUCAUUCACCUUCUCGACCUGCCUAACACAACGCUCCCCGCCGUCGAGAAUGAGUUUUUUGAACUCUACCUUUCUACUCAAGCCGACGUCAACCCCUCUUUGUGCCUAAAAGUCGUGAACCUGCUCGACGAUGCAAACGAACACCUGGCGCGCCUACUUGUCGGCCUCAACGCGCCAUACAUGGGGAACACCGUCUACACGUUACGGGACGACCUUAUCCUUAUGAGUUGGAGCAUCGACCAGCAGAGACAGCGGUAG